AUGGAUGAAGAGUAUGAUGUGAUUGUUCUUGGGACUGGUCUCAAGGAGUGUAUCCUUAGUGGCCUCCUCUCUGUCGAUGGCCUCAAGGUACUACAUAUGGAUAGAAAUGACUACUAUGGAGGAGAAUCAACCUCUCUCAACCUCACUCAGUUAUGGAAGCGUUUCAGGGGAAGUGAUACUCCUCAGGAAAAUCUCGGAGCUAGCAGAGAAUACAAUGUCGAUAUGAUCCCAAAGUUUAUAAUGGCUAAUGGACUCCUUGUCCAAACCCUGAUCCACACCGAUGUUACCAAGUAUCUUAACUUUAAGGCCGUCGAUGGUAGCUUCGUCUACAAGAAAGGCAAGAUUUAUAAAGUCCCAGCCACUGAUGUGGAAGCCCUGAAAUCUCCAUUGAUGGGUCUUUUCGAGAAGCGACGUGCCAGAAAAUUCUUUAUUUAUGUGCAAGACUACGAUGAGAAGGAUCCUAAGUCUCACGAAGGUCUUGACCUCAGCAAAGUCACUGCUAGAGAGAUCAUCUCGAAGUAUGGACUUGAAGAUGAUACAAUCGACUUCAUAGGCCAUGCCUUAGCGUUGCACAAUGAUGAUGACUACUUGGAUCAACCAGCCAUUGAUUUUGUUAAGAGAAUCAAGCUCUACGCGGAAUCUUUGGCUCGAUUCCAAGGAGGAUCUCCUUACAUCUAUCCACUAUACGGACUAGGAGAGUUGCCACAGGCUUUUGCGCGCUUAAGCGCUGUGUAUGGUGGGACUUACAUGCUCAACAAACCUGAAUGCAAGGUAGAGUUUGAUAGUUCUGGAAAAGCUAUUGGUGUCACUUCUGCGGGCGAAACUGCUAAAUGCAAGAAAGUUGUCUGUGAUCCUUCGUACUUAUCUGACAAGGUUAAGAAAGUUGGGAAAGUGACUCGAGCGGUAUGUAUAAUGAGUCAUCCUAUUCCAGACACCAAUGAUGCUCACUCGGUCCAAAUCAUUCUUCCUCAGAAGCAACUCGGUCGCAAAUCAGACAUGUACUUGUUCUGUUGCUCAUACGCUCACAAUGUGGCACCAAAGGGCAAAUACAUAGCUUUUGUGUCUGCAGCAGCUGAAACUGAUAACCCAGAAGAGGAGCUUAAACCUGGAAUCGAAUUGCUUGGACCUGUUGAUGAGAUCUUCUAUCAUUCUUAUGACACAUACGUUCCAACCAAUAAUCAAGAAGAAGAUAACUGUUUCAUCUCUGCUACUUAUGAUGCAACAACACAUUUCGAGAGUACCGUUAUGGAUGUGCUUGAGAUGUACACCAAGAUCACUGGAAAGACUCUUGAUUUAUCUGUGGACUUGAGUGCUGCAAGUGCUGCUGCAGAGAACUGAUAAUUUUCAAUAUGUCUUACUUCUAUGAGUG